UACUAUACUUGGUGGUCUACCUACCGCCUGUCACUCGAGCGGCUCGCGCUGCUACUCUUCGGCAUCAAUCCGGUGUGAAUAACGAGGCUCCAUUAGCUUGACCGCCUCCUUCGACGCCAUCUACAUGAGAAGCCCGACCGGGGCUUCUCACUUGCUAGCCAGAUCGCCGUUGAUCUCCACUCUCUUCCUCGGCUCUCUCAGCUUCUCCUCCCGCCGUGCCUCCUCCCCUCGCCGGAGCUUCGCGGCCAUGGCCGCCGCCGCUGCCGCGGAGGGCUUCGUCCGAGGUUCCGUCCACCCGAACGGCGUCGCCGUCAUCACUCUCGACCGUCCCAAGGCCCUCAAUGCCAUGAACCUCGAUAUGGAUUUGAAAUACUCGAGCUUUCUUGACUUAUGGGAAUCUGAUCCCAAUGUGAAAUGUGUUCUGGUGGAGAGCAGCUCACCUCGUGCUUUCUCCUCAGGUGGUGAUGUGAAGCAAAUAACAACGAAAAAGCAGUUGUCAGAUAUGAUUGAGGUGUUCAGGGCAGAAUAUUUGUUGAUAUGCAAAAUAUCAGCGUACAAGAAGCCAUACAUAUGCUUCAUGGAUGGUAUCACCAUGGGAUUUGGAAUCGGUUUGUCUGGUCAUGGCCGCUUUCGAGUAGUAACAGAGAGGACCGUUCUGGCCAUGCCAGAGAAUGGGAUCGGACUUUUUCCAGAUGUGGGAUUUGCAUAUAUAGCUGCUAAAAGUCCUGGAGGAGGAUCAGUUGGUGCCUGUCUUGGAAUGACUGGAAGUAGGAUCUCAACACCAUCUGAUGCACUAUAUGUUGGUCUGGGAACACACUACGUGCCAUCUGGAAAACUAGGUUCCUUGAAGGAGGCCCUCUUAAAAAAUUUCUUUUCUGGCGAUCCUUAUGAUGAUAUCGAAACACUUUUGGCACGAUACAGUGGAGAUCUUGAAUCAGAGGCUCAACUAAAAUUGCUUUUGCCUCAUAUUGUUUCUUGCUUUGGUGCAAAUAAAUCCGUUAUUGAGAUAAUGGAAGACCUGGAAAGGCAUAAACUGAAUCCUGAUCCCAAAGUGGUUCAGUGGGCUAGCGAUGCUCUUCAGGGUCUGGGAAAAGGAGCUCCUUUCUCUCUUUGCUUGACACAAAAGCAUUUCUCUAGAGUUGCAUCAGCCUUUGGGAAAAGAGACAGUGAUUUAUCAACUCUAAGCGGUGUGAUGAAAAUUGAAUACCGCAUUGCCCUGAGAUCAUCCCUUCGACAUGACUUUGCUGAAGGUGUCCGUGCAGUUUUGGUGGAUAAGGAUCAGAAGCCAAAAUGGCAACCACCGACCUUGGAUAAGGUUGAUCAUCACGAGGUGGACUCUCUCUUCGAACCAUUGGGCCAAGGGGUCGAGGACUUGAGAGUUGGAGCUCCGCCGUGUAGUUGAAUAAAUAAGAAGUGCUGCAAAGGCCGAGGAAUAAAGUCCUAUUUGCUCAUUGUUUUUACCCUUCAACAUGUGAUGGGGCUGGAGCUGUUUACGUUUCCCUUGAGUUGGAGUUCAGGAUGCAACGUUUAACUGUCGAAACUCACCACCGAUCCACCAGCCAUUUACAGCACUGUCCUUGGAGGAUUUCGCGGGUAGCGAUUAUGUUCUCUUCCCCAUUUUUCAUGGUUCUUGGGUAAAUCAUGACUGGUAAUUAGGACAGGUUCGAGGUUCUUGAACCGGCAUCAGGUUCAUGUAGUAGGUGGCCUUGUCUCAUCGAACUGGGGUUAUCCGAUUCCGCAGUGAUAAUAUCUUGCUUUCCCUUUUGGAGCGAUUGAUUCGAGAUCAGAAUAUAUGUU